AUGACUAGCACUGCCCGGGGAGCAAGCGAGCUGCUCCCAGAUCCUGGUUUGUUCCCGGCGAAGCGCACCGCUCCAUCUAUCCCAGGCCUCCAUUUCGAUUCAACCCUCCUUCUCCCAGAAGACAUUCAAGAGGACCUCAUGUGGACGUGUAUCCGUACAUUCUUCCAUGAGGGCACUGGGAAUCAAGUCAUGCUUUUUGAGCGUGCGCCUUCCUCAGACCCAGAGGGUACGUCUUCCAACCCCUCCACCAAGCUGCCAUCCUUCCUCGCCGACCUCCUCUCCACACUUGAUCUCCUUUUACGGCCACGUGUACCUCCAGAGGUCCAUGAUGUAUUGUUCUCUCCCGCGCCUGCUUCGCACCAAGGACCUCCGCGAGCACGCCAAGCGAUUAUCAAUCUUUACUGGCCUGGCGAAGGCAUAACGCCUCACGUCGACCUGCCGCACCGGUAUGGCGACGGUAUCAUGGGGGUCAGCUUAGGCUCAGGUUGCCAAUGCGCACUGUACCUACCGAAAGGAAGUGUGCUUAUCAUGACGGAGGAGGCACGGUACGGAUGGACACAUGGGAUUGAGAAGCGCUUCGACGACUGGGUCGAGGAGUCUCCAGGCAGCCCGCAGAACGUCUUACUCGAGCGGGACAUCAGGCUCAGUAUCACUUUCCGGUGGUUGUUACCUGGUGCAGACGUUGUCGGACCUGCUGCUUGAAAGGGAAGCCCGUGGCGUUCAUGUAAGACAUCUAGU